UGACGCACGUUUUGAGAUCGCACCAAUCACAAUCGCACGCUUGACCGUGCGUCAUGACGUAUUUCAUCUUCUUCGCGAGGCGCUUUCGGUGAAGGCUUGUGUUUCUGAGCAGCACCGAGCCGCCGCCAUGUCUAAAGAGACGCCUCGCGAGCCCGAGCAGAUGCGAAAGCUCUUCAUCGGGGGUCUGAGCUUCGAGACGACAGAUGAGAGCCUUCGGGCGCAUUUCGAACAAUGGGGAACCCUGACAGACUGCGUGGUGAUGAGGGAUCCAAACACUAAGAGGUCCAGGGGGUUCGGCUUCGUGACCUACAGCUCGGUGAACGAAGUCGACGCAGCGAUGGACGCUCGGCCUCACAAAGUGGACGGGAGAGCCGUCGAGCCCAAAAGAGCCGUCUCGCGAGAGGACUCGUGCAGGCCGGGCGCUCACUCCACGGUGAAGAAGAUCUUCGUUGGGGGAAUCAAGGAGGACACGGACGAGGAGCACCUGCGCGACUACUUCAGCCAAUUCGGCAAAAUCGAGGAAGUGAACAUCAUGACGGAGAAGAACAGCGACAAGAGGAGGGGCUUCGCCUUCGUCACGUUCGACGACCACGACGCCGUGGACAGGAUAGUCAUUCAGAAGUAUCACACGGUGAACGGUCACAACUGUGAAGUGAGGAAAGCGCUUUCCAGAGAAGAGAUGAACAGAGUGUCCAUGAACAACAGAGGCGGCCGCGGAGGCGGUGGAGGAAACUUCGGCGGUCGAGGAGGUGGAGGAUACGGAGGUGGAUACGGUGGCGGAGGAGGAGGACGUGGCGGAUACGGAGGCGGAGACGGAUACGGAAACGGAUACGGAGGAAACGGUGGAUAUGGUGGAGGCGGUCCUGGUUAUGGCGGUAACCGUGGUUACGGAGGAGGUGGUGGCGGUGGCUAUGGCAACCAGGGCGGCGGCGGAGGUGGAUACGGAGGCGGCGGAUACGACAACUACAACGGCGGAGGAGGCGGAGGAAACUACGGAGGAGGAAACUUCGGAGGCGGUGGCGGCGGCGGCGACUACAACGACUUUGGCAACUACAACAAUCAGUCGUCGUCGAAUUACGGCCCGAUGAAGGGAGGAAACUACGGCGGUGGCGGCAGGAGCGGCGGCGGCGGCGGUCCGUACGGCGGCGGAUAUGGCGGUGGUUCCGGUGGCGGUUACGGAGGCGGAUCUGGAGGAAGGAGGUUCUAAGUUUUAGGCCACAGUACUUAGGAGAGGAGAGCCAGAGAGAGGAUGAUGAGGAUGAUGAUGAGGAUGAUGAUGAUGAUGACAGGGAAAGGAGAGAAAUGAAGGAAGCAGGUUUACACACCUAGAAUCUGCCCAGCGAUAUUAACGUCUGCCACACGCCAGGAAACGUGUAUGAUAGAGGAGAAAGAGAAAAAUCAUGUCCGGGUGCCGGGGGUGGGAUGAGUGGGGCGGGGUUGGGGGUCAUGUGAGGUCAACGUUGUUUUGUUUUGUUUGUUUUAAAUAAGUAUUUUUGAUCCUGGACGAUAUUAUUUUAUUGUUAGCUCUUUAGCUUAACAUUGAUGUCUGUGAAGUGUAAAUCAUUCCAUUUUAGGCAGGUUCUUUAUAUUUCUUUUUUUUUUUUUUUUUUUUUUUUUCUUAUUUGCUACCUUUUUAGGGUUUUUUAUGUAAUCCGCCAUCAAUCAAGAUGAAAUAAAUCGCUCCUGAGUUUUUUUAUUUAA